ACAAAACCAAACAUAGCAAAAAAAAAAAAAAAACAUUAAAAAUUUCAAUGUCAGAACCCAACAACAAAACAUGAUUAUUUUUGUUGACUAAUAAACAAACUUUGUUUUUCUUCAUUUCUUCUUCUUCUUCUUCAUAUGACAACACUUUAUUCACCUUCCUCCGCCGCAAAACCCACUAUGGAAGACACCAACAACCGCCGUUCCAAGAAGAAUCGCCGCCGUCCUUCAGCUACUCCAACAAACGGCGAGUAUUCCGACGUGGAAGAUGCAGAAGACGGCGAUCCCGAAGCAUGGGCAACACUUAACAAGAGUUUCCGGCAGGUUCAGUCGGUGCUUGACCGGAACAGAGCAAUUAUUCAACAGGUGAAUGAGAAUCAACAAUCUAGAAUGCCUGAUAAUAUGGUGAAAAAUGUUUCUUUGAUUCAAGAAUUGAAUGGGAAUAUUUCUAAGGUUGCUUCUCUUUAUUCUGAUCUCAAUUCUGAUUUCACUAAUAUUUGUCAUCAACAACAACGAUCUUCAAUCACACGUGGUGGCAAAUAAUCAAAAUUCAAAACCCUCUUUGUUAUUUUGUAGUAGUAUUGUGUUGAAUGUUGAUUUGUCUUUGUUGAAGUUGAACAAUUGUUAUGAUGGUAGUUUUGAGGUUUGUUUUGUCGACAUGUCUGUCAUAAUAAGGACGACGAUGAAGGCAAAACAUUGUAUCGUCUCUCUUGAACUUCUGCUUCUUCUGGUUACCGUGUCUGUGUCAAAGAGUGUGUUGCUAGCGCUGUCUUUUGUUUUUGUCUUUUUUUUUUUUUUUUAUUGAUGGUCUCUUGUGUUGUGUCCUUGUAAUUGUUGUUAUUAUUGGUGUACUUGAGAAUCAAUAAACUAGUAUUUGGUAAA